AUGGCGUUGCCUAUGAAGAAGACCGUGAUGAAGGCAAUGAAGUCCACGCCCAUGAAGGCCAAGGCCAUGAAGCGAACGAAGGUGAUGAAGAAGAAAGCCGUCAGCAAAAUCGCUCGCGGCAAGCUGGCCAAGGCAGCUGUCUUCCAGGGCCGCAAGGAGAAGACCUCGACAGGCCUCCAGAAGAUGCACCUCAUGAAGAACAAGUAUGGCAAGGUGGUCAGCAAGAAGAAGCACGCCAGCGGCAAGCAGUUCCAGAAGUUGGGGCAGAAGUGGAUCAGCGCGGUGAUGACUGCGAGAAAAGAGCUGGGCAUGAAAGGCUUUUGCGCGGUAGGCGGCAAGAGUGCCCAGGGCAAGGCGCUCUAUGCCAAGGUCUGCUUCUAUGGCGUUGGAGAGGCUCAUUUCGAGGUGGGUCAUCCAACUUGCGUCACGGCCUUCGACGAUGAUCCGGAGAUCGUGGGAGGACAGUGGACGAACUGCCAUGGCAGUGAGGAACCACAGGUACCAAUUGCCAUGUUGGCUGGAUGCCCAGUGGAAAUGGUGUGGACUUUGGGCCAUUCACGAAUGGCCGUGUCGAGAAGAUCCGCUGGCAUCCGCUCUAUGACGACUUGGAGGCUCGUUCGUUGCCACCGCCUCUUUGGCGGAGCACAGCUGCAGUUUGAAUCUUCGCGGUUCCUGACGGAAAGGGAGCGGCUACAUUGGCUCAAGCUUCGCCGCUUCGAUGUGCCAGCUUCCCGCGCCGGCGUUGGAGUUGAAGACCGUGUGAGCCAUAGACCAGUCAGCGACAGGACCCUGCUGGCAGAAGGCGCUGGUAAGGUGUACAUCCUCGAAAUCAAUACAUCCAUAUACAUCCACAACCACUGCGGCUACCGUGGCGCAGACGCUGAUGAAGGCCUUCGUCGUCGCCUGCACCAUGGUAGCCGCGGUGGCUUCAUGGGCUGCUCUGGUGACUGCGCAGCUCUUCGUGCGCAGCUCAAUGCAGUUCACUUCCCGGCCACCAUCGACAACGGCAACCUUCAGACUGCGGAGUACAUCAAAUUCACAGCGGGCUUCUUCAAUCUGGAGGCGGCUGCGAACCAGUUCUUUGAUGCCACCGUGGCAGCCUACACCGCCAAUGCUGGCCAAAGCAACGGUCCAAAGGUUGCGUGGAUUGAAUACAAUACGCGGGGUGCCCUGCCGUCCUAUCGGGUGAGCAUGGCGGCAUACAGAGCACAGAUGGUCGACGCGGCGGCAGGCCGCAUAGUGAACGGCAACGACCUGCUUGCAAAGGGCAUGGCCGUUAGAGACAUCGUGGCUAGCAACCCGGCAGCUGGUAAGGUGUACAUCCUCGAAAUCAAUGCAUCUGAAGCCACUGCGGCUACCGUGGCGCAGACGCUGACGAAGAACGUACACCUUUACCAGCUUCCUGACUGGUUUCCACCUCACAGAAGCGAGCAACCUGAAGUUGGUGAAG